GCGCGACCGCCACAGGCCUGGAGCUAGGAGCGUCAUGUUUGACAAUUAAGAAAAAAAAGUCGUUAUUUGUUUCAAAAUUUUCCUCAAGUUGGACGUCAGUUGAAUGUAACUGAGAGACAUGAGUAGAGGACGUGGAGGAAAGAGAUCCUGGGGUGACAAUGGCUGGGGAGAAAUGGGUGGAUACAUGAAUGCCAAGAAACAGAAGUUAGCAGAGCAGUUUACUGCAGACACCCCACGAAAUAUUGAGAUUGCAGGGAGUGCUUCUGGUUCACGCAUCUUUGAUGGGGUCUCUAUUCAUGUCAACGGGUAUACAGUGCCUUCAUCUGAUGAGCUGAAGCGCUUAAUGAUGCUGCAUGGUGGUAUGUAUCAUCACUACUACAGUAAGACCAAAGUUACCCAUGUCAUAGCAACCAGACUGCCCUAUGCUAAGAUCAAGGAACUGAGAGAUGAGAAAAUAGUCAAACCAGAGUGGAUUCUAGACAGUAUCAAGGCGGGGAGGUUACUGCCAGAUGGACCUUACCAACUGUACACCAACAGAACAAAUUCUCAGGAUACACUCAAGUUCACGAAUUUGAAGAGUUGUCCUCAAACAAUGGGAAACAAGCCCAACACAUCCACAUUUGCAGUGGAAGAAACGGUCGGUGAAGCCAAGAGUACAACUCACAAUGUUUCCAGCUAUCAGCGAACCACACUGAGAAGUCCUGAAGGUCACAGCAUGGUGGAAUUUCUAGGCAAGAGUUAUGAAUCAAUUGGCUCACCAGAAAGUCGCUCUUCAGCUUCCCAUGCCUCUCAGACUUCCUUGUCUGAAAAUGGAGUCAAUGUCAAUUCCAUGAAUUCCCCGCCAUUGAAAGCCAGUGCCGUGAAGGAUCAGUGUCGUGAAUCCUUUGGAAACAGCAAAGGUCCUGCCAAGGCAGGCGACCCUAAUUUUUUGUCAGAGUUUUACAGCAACUCGCGUCUUCAUCACAUAUCCACUUGGGGGGCAGAGUUCAAGGCCUUUGUCAACAAGUUGCAGAGCCUUGGCGACAUAAGCUUCCCAGGACGGGAGAAAUUGAGACGAUUCAUCGAGGAUCACAACGAUUCACCACCAAGCUCAGGAGAACUGCUUGAUAUAAAACCCCAGACUGACGUGGUAAACGAGGAACAUCAGAUCUCAAGAACCCCAGUGCUCUUCCAAACUCAUUCUGCAAGACCAAAUUGUGGUGAAGUACAUGUAGAUAAGCCCAAACGUGUCAUCAUGCACAUUGACAUGGACUGCUUCUUUGUAUCUGUUGGACUCCGCAAUCGACCUGACCUGCAAGGGAAACCAGUCGCUGUGACCCACUCUAAGGGUAAGGGGAUGCCUGAAGGAAACCAAGAAGCAAGGGAAUUUGAGGCAGCUUACUAUUCAAGCAAGUACAAGCAAGAUGGCAGCAAAGGCUUGAAGAGUCGACACGUGGAUCUGGCCAAGACUUACAUACAGGAGACAGAGGGUUGUUCAGAAGGCAAAACGUCAGCAGAGAAUCUACCGGUUCCUGUGGAAUCAGAUUUGCCAAGUGCACAGACAUAUCUCGGAGAAGCGUCAUCAUUGCCAGACCAGCCUUCCAAGUGUCUCAAACAGUCAGCACCAUCCCCUUCCCAAGCUAUGCCACCCCCUGCGGCCAAGCCAGAAGUAAACAGGGUACAUGUGCAUGCAGAGACUUUCAAUUCCAUGGCAGAAAUAGCCAGCUGCAGUUACGAGGCUCGCAAGGCUGGCGUCAAGAACGGUAUGUUCAUGGGAGAGGCCAGGAAACGUUGCCCAGACCUGCUGACCAUACCCUAUGACUUUGAGGGUUACAAGAGUGUCUCACAAACCUUGUAUGAGACUGUCGCGAGUUAUACACAUGACAUAGAGGCUGUGAGCUGUGAUGAAAUGUUUGUUGAUGUGACCAGCAUCCUAGAAGACACAGGGGCAGCACCCCUAGAUCUGGCACGGGUACUCCGUAGAGAGAUCAAGGACAAGACCCAGUGUAGUGCUUCAGUGGGACUCGCUGCCAAUAUUCUGUUGGCCCGCAUGAGUACCAGGAAAGCCAAACCCAACGGCCAGUUCUUCCUGGAGUCAGAGGAUGCCGCUGAGUUCAUGAAACAACAGCCAGUCAAGGAUCUACCUGGAGUUGGAUGGUCCACAGGUGCCCGACUGAGGACAAUGGGCAUAGAAACCUGUGUCGACUUGCAGAACCUGUCACUUGGGGCCCUACAGAAGGAGUUUGGACCUAAGACUGGCCAAUCAUUGUACAGCUACUGUCGGGGCAUAGACAAUCGACCAAUCAGAGCGGAAAGGGAAAGGAAGUCAGUCUCAGCGGAGAUCAAUUAUGGAAUUAGGUUCACUCAGAACAGUGAAGCCACAAGGUUUGUUAGUGAAUUGGCUGAGGAGGUCCAUCGGCGAUUGACCGCCAUCGCAAUGGUAGGUAAGACCAUCACGCUCAAGCUGAAAGUGCGGCAGGCGAGUGCCCCCAAGCAAACAUCCAAGUUCAUGGGUCAUGGGAUCUGCGAUAACCUGGCUAAGUCCACCACCUUGGCACAGGCCACGGACAAACUGAGCAUCAUUCAGCAGGAGAGCCAGGUGCUGUUGGCUCAGAUGAAGACAGAGGCAUCGGACCUAAGAGGGGUUGGCAUUCAAAUAAGCCGACUUUCUGGAGCCAGUAGCACAGGCAGUUCCUCCACAUCCAAUAGCAAGUUGCUUUUGGAUUUUGUAAAACCAUUGGCAAAAUCGUCAACCAACCCACCGUCCACAGCGACAGAUCCCAUCAGAGACCAAGCAGUGAAAGAGAAGAGAAUGGCAGGCACAAUACUUGACUUUGUCUCCAAACAGAAAUCAUUGGCUUCUUCUGUCCAAGAAGUCCCAGCAUCAAAGCCUCUGUUACCCCAGCCAGAGAAGACCCCGCUUCCCCCUCUGCCUACUUUCCAACUUGCCACACCCACGCUGCCAUCAAGACAAGAGCAGCUGGAGCAGUUCUGCUUGCCCUCCCCAUCUCAGCUGGACCCUUCAGUACUUGCUGCUCUCCCUGAAGACAUCAGGCGGACGAUCGAAAGGACUUACGAAUCCAAGAGGGAGCAACAAGACAGCAAAGCCCGAGGCCCGUCAGUUGUGCAUACAUCGAGCUCUGUCACCAAUGGCACACCGCUUGACGGAACAAAAUCCCUUGACUCUGAGUCGUCUAAACCUUCAUGCAGUGGGCUAGCUUCCGAUGCUGGACCAUCAAGGCUAAGCAAGGCCAGUAGCAGAGAAGAAAUUUUGCACACUACAGAUGACCACUUCACUGGUGGUGGAUGCUCAGCUGCUGCUGAACCCAUAGUAAAGAUGAAAAGUCCAUGUCCUGAGCACAGUCCAAUUCCUGUCACUGCACAUUCCUCUAAGAACAAUAUGAGCAACAAAGCAGCUGAUUGUGACCAACCUAUUUCAUCAUUUGGUACAUCCCAUGUUAGCAAAGACCAAAACCAACCCAGCACUUCAUCUGGGACAGACCAUUCCAGCCUUAGGUAUGACCCAAGUGUCCUGAAAGAGCUGCCACCAGACAUUAUCCAGGAGUUAAUGGAGCAAGGAGGUGCUGAGCACAUCCAACGGGAGCAAGUUGAAAGCCACUCUGAGUUGAUAGAACAUGAAGAUAAAAAGGUCUUGGGCCCCGUAGAGGCUCUGCCAUCAUUUUCGCAAAUCGAUCCUGCCUGCAUGGAAGCCCUCCCAUCUGAGCUACAACGGGAACUGGAGCUAGCCUAUCAGAGGCAGCAGAAGACACCCCAGGAUACAAGCCCAAAGAAGGCUGUAUCUGUCUCCAAGACCAGCCCCUUCAAGCUGCAUCGGAGGAGGGGGCGACCACGCAAGGGAAGUCCUCGCAAGGGUACCAGGCAGGGCUUCAAGAUACCAGGAACAGUAGACAUCCUGGAGAUGGUUACUGGUGUCAAGAGUUCACCAGUUGGGAAGGCUGGAAAUGUCUGUAGAAGCCCUGAGGGGUCUUCUGCCAAUAAGGAUGCAAAUGAAAUAGAUCGUGACGUCCAUGAGGACGGUAAUACUAAAAGUAUUGCAGCUAAGGAGACGGUGAAUCUUUGUGGUGCUGUGGCAUUGUGGGAUGUCAAAGCAUUGCUGAAAGAAUGGACUACAUCUGUUGAAGAGCCAGGGGACGAAGAUAUUGAGUAUCUCAUGCAAUACCUGAAUGAUCUUGUUCUGGAUAGAAAUCUGGAAAUGGCUAACCUGGUCCUUCGAGCCAUGAAAAGGCUGGCUAAUCGAAUGGAGUCCACCUCGCCAUGGAGAGCUGCCUAUCAGACGAUAGAAGACAGAGUCCAAGAUACCGUCUCACAGAUCUACCGCAGCACACUCAAGAUAAUGUAACCUUUUUUUUUCAUUCUAAAUUAGACCUAAAAUUUCCUUUCCACUAUGCACAACCAUGCUCUGCAGGAGUGAACUUGUCAACAUCACUGCUAUUGCAGGUGAAGGUAUUUGAGAGCCAGUUUUUGUUAAGGUACACGUCUCAGUUUGCAUGGGUAGAUUGCACAGCAGACUGCCCUGGCAGAUCCAGCAUUAACGAAAAGCAGGGCAUACAAAAUGCAAGGGAAACCCAAACAAAGCAAAAAUAAAGGACGUGAAGGGUACAUUCUAGGCUAGACAUUGCUUGAACAUGAGAUCCUUAUCAGUGUAAGGAUCAUACAGGAAGCCAGUGAGACAUACCAUUUAUUGAUAGGGGAAUUUUUAUUUUACUGCCAAGAGUGGAAUUUUCUGACUGUUCAUGAAGUGUACAUGUACAUACCACAUACUUCCAGAAAAGAGUUUUGGGGUAAACUUAAGUCAUCUUCACUCUGAUACAUAACAGUAUAAAAGUGACUCCAAUCCUGCAUGGGUAUCUAUGAUUUUGGUGAAUUCUGUGAAAGGUGGAAGACUUUUUAAAAGAGCGUUACAGGCAGGCUUGGUCAUGCUCAUUCAAAUGCAAAGUCAUUCUACAUGUGGAUUACAUGUGGAAAAUUCUUUGGCAAAGGAACCACUUCACCCUUGAAAAUUGAUUCGUAUAAGUUUUCCCUUCAGCUUCUUGUCCAGAAAACAGAAUUAGUUCAUGAUGCUUCAAAUUUCUUCAUGUUGGAUGUGGAUUGUCUUUAUAACUUAUAUACGUACUGGUUGUAAUUUGGUUGUCCUCUGUACUGAGCUAUUAGAAGAAUUUUCUUGUCACCUUUGAUCUUCUUACUCGUAGGUACAUGUACAGAUGUAGUGGAUCUUGAGUAUUGUUCAUAAUUCAAAUGAUUGCAAAGGUAGCCAGGGAACACUUCUUUUUCCUCAGACGAAGAUGUUUGUCAAUUUCAUUUGUUUCACAGAUAAUCCAAGCUCCUUUCCUUGCUUUCACCUCUGAUCAUUUCUUUGUAAUGUCCUGAGAAGUUCAAUACUCUUGCAGAAAGAGCAACCAUUAGUGCUUGUUGCACACCCAUUCAUUACAUUUAAAAAACCAAUCAACAUUGAAGUAUUGUUCUUCAUUUUAUUGUUUUUUCUUACUGAACUUCUGAAACUCCAAGAGCCACAUUUACAGUAUUGUAUUCGAGUCCAUCACAAGUCCCUGUAAGUCCAUCACAAGUUCCUGUAAGUCCAUCACAAGUUCAUCACAG